AAAUGUUGUUACACAAUUGAUAGGGGGGACAUAGCAAUCCCCUCGACCAUCGUUAAAAAUUAACACACCAAGAGGCAAAAGGUUUGUCAGUCAGUGCGACACUUAUUGUGAAAUCCGUUACCGGAUGUGGUGUACUUGUACAGUCGCUUAAUCGCUUGUGUCGUGGGCAGAAUAAGAGCCGGAUGAUAAACGCGAGCGGAGACACGCAGGACUUCAGAGGUAUUCCGUGAACUCUGUCAGCUCGGUGCUUGACUGUUGGACUUCAGCAGGACUGAAUUCAGACCGUCACAGAAACAGAGCUGACGGCGAAACGGGUUUCCCUCUCUCUGUUUGUCGAAUCGAUCAUUUUACAGCCAAAACUUUGAACCUGCGACUCGUUUCUUUUUGUACGUUUUUUUAAAACUUCCAAGAUUACCUCAACCGUUAAAAUGCCUUUCAUUGAACACUUAUCGGACACGGAAUUGGAGCGUUUGGCUCUUGAGCAGGUGGUCCCGGCCCUGCAGGAAUACGGCUUCUACUACGUGGACGGACUCCUCGGGGAGCUGGCCGGGGGCGCAGUGCUGGAUCAGGUGAAAGACAUGCACCGCUCCGGAGUCCUGCAGGACGGCCGGCUGGCCGGAUCCGUCCCGGCAGUCCACCGGAGGAGCAUCCGGGACAAGAUCGCCUGGGUGAGCGGAUCGGAGCGCGGCUGCGAGGCGAUCAACUUCUUGCUCAACCUGAUCGAUAAGCUGAUCUCCUUUUGCUCCGGGAGGCUGGGAAACAAAGCGAUUCGGGAAAGAUCCCAGGCUAUGGUGGCGUGUUACCCAGGAAAUGGGGCGGGUUAUGUCAAACACGUGGACAACCCCAACUGUGAUGGACGCUGCAUCACCUGCAUCUACUACCUCAACAAGAACUGGAAUGCCAAGGAGCAUGGCGGCAUCCUCAGGAUCUUUCCAGAAGGGAAGUCGUACGUGGCAGACAUCAAGCCACUUUUUGAUAGGCUGCUCUUCUUCUGGUCAGACCGCAGGAACCCACAUGAAGUGCAGCCUUCCUAUACCACCAGGUACGCCAUCACAGUUUGGUAUUUCGACUCUGAGGAGCGAGCUGAGGCCAAGAGACGCUUCAGAGACCUCACAGCAUCAAAGGCGCAGCAGGGCGGUAGCUCCAGCGGCUCCGGCUGAUCACGAGGGGGUGUCACCACCUAGUGUUCAACCUCCAAACCGCAGGAGAGGGCAGCAGGGUUCCUUCUGGUUGUCGAAGCUUCUGGAAAAACUGAAAGAAAAGUUGAAAAACAAACAAAAAAAAGUUUUCACCCUGUCCUGAUCUAAGGAGGGGCGUUUUUCUGACCUGCCUGCAUUUCUGCUGCUGCUCCUGCUGCUGCUGCUAUAACCCGAGGCACUGUGGGCGACCUGCAGCUGUUCUGGACAUUCCCUGCUUUUUUCAUGAUGUUUGUGUAAUACACAGCUGAUUUCGUCUGAGUGGAGAGAAAAAACUGUAGACUGUACUUUUUUUGGGGGGGGGGUAAAUUUUCUUUUAAACCCUCGCCUUCAGAUGAGAGAAGGAGGAGAGUUUGCCGACAGCUUUCGGGGUUUACAGAGAGACAUGAUGUUUUUAAACCACUGUGACGGAAGUUUCAUACUUAAAUGUGUGCUUAAGAAGGAGGAGCACAGGACUGUAGCUUAAACUACAGACGAAGAAGAAUUGUUUACCAGUAGAUGAUGCCUCGAUAUCCACCGACCAAUGAGAGCUGAACUUGAAAAAGAUGAAAAUACAUAUUUCAAAUUUGAGAUCUUAUUAGAAGAAACUUUUGAAAAAACUUUGUAUAUUUUAUUGUGAACAACCAAAAGGAAAAAAAGAGCUAGCUAGAAGCAACUCUAUAUUGAAAUACUGAGUCAUUAAGGGAGAUUUCUUUUUUUUUUUUUAAACUCCAUUAGCAUUAAAUCAAUUAUUUAUUUUAAAUUCAACAGAUUUAUUAAAUCACUAAUAGUUUUAUUACCCUAGAACUUACAUAUAAAUGUUUCCACUUAAUAUGCAGUGCAUCGCUGGAGUGCCAAUUUUGGGAAGAGCACUUUGCCGCGAUGAUAUGAAACGUUUGUGGAAAAUAGCUGUGUCAUCUAAUCCAGAAAAGUAAAACAAAUAGUUUAAUUGGUUACUUUUCCAAACAGCUAUUCCUUGUAGCUUCAACCAAUUCCAAUUGGAAACUAGCGUGUGCUACAAAUCACCUUCUAGUAAAUGGUUUUGUAGGUUCAGCUAAGCUGCUGGCCUUGGACAAAAUAUUCUUAAAGGGGACCCAUUCUGCUCAUUCUCACUCCGUAUUUUUAUUCUUGAACUCUUAAAUGAGCAACGUCGUACGAUUCACAGUUCAAAAUAAUGCCUACUUACCGUAUCCUGCUUAGUUCAUGAAAAUGAUUUCCUUCCUUGAUAUAGUGAAUAACAUAAAAUAUGUUAGUGUGAUAGAAAAGAAGGAAAAGCAAAAAGGUCCCCUUUAAGGUCAAGUUUGCAAUUAAUGGGAAUGAAUUGUUCAUUGAAGUUUACCAUAUGAUCUCUUAUAUUGCACUACCUUCCAUCAUCAUAUGUGAAAGGUUUUACUUUCCAACACAAUUCUACUGAGAUUUGAUAAAUGACAUAUUUUUUAUAGUAAAAUGUGUUAAAUAUCCACAAUUGCAGAUUUUUUUUCACACCCUUCUCGGAAUGUUUCUGUGUAUUAGUGACCUUUGUUGGCUGAGAAAUAGGAAAAGCUUUCACUUUAAGUGUGAUUCACAAAUAGUCUUCCGUAAAUUAUUUUGACAAAACGCUCCAUUUUCUCCGGUCCCCGUGAGUUCGGUCCCUGAAUCGAAAAACGGAUGUCUGUGUCUGGUGCACGCGCUGUCCUCUGCUGACGGAGAAGGACGAUGAGGAGACGGAUUCCACUGAUACAGCAGAUUUGACGGGGAGCGUGUGAAGCGGCUGUCAAAGAGACUGUACAUAUGAGAGGAUGAA